AACGAACAACGAAUGAGAAUAAAAUAUUCUCAAAGAUAUUUUAUAUAACUUUAUUAUCAUUUUUUUUAGAUAUCGAAAUAAGUUUCUAGGAAUACAUUGUUAUGUGCCGUGAAUCGUUGCAUCGUUUAAAAUUUGUUCGGCGCCGGCCCGGACGGGGCGCCUUCCGUAAAUUCGUUAACGAUGGCUACCGAUCGUCAAAGAUAUCGGGACCGUGGCGAGGGUAUGGAAGUAGCCGGUACUCUUAUCAGGGGAAUCAUCGUGCGCCUGUAAAAAUAAGCGACUAGCUGACCCGUCAAUACUUCAGUCUCGUUCUGGACAUCUUCCGAUAACGUCACACACUGUCUUCGUUCGAUCUGGCUCGAGGGCACGAGGAAGCCAACCGAUUUGUCGUGUCUCCGUUGCACGGAUUGAACGCAAAGCCAGCCGAUCGAAGACAGACUAUAUCGGCGUGCGGUUCGCGCGAUGGGCCUUUGAAUUUAAAAAUCGCUCGCAUCGGUUACGUUAGUAAAUUGUCUGAUAUACGUGGCAAUCGGUGUUCGUUGCUGAGUGUACCGGUCGAAUUGCGCCCGAAAUGGGGCACGUCGAGGAUCAAGAAGGCGGGAAGAUCGGUCUGAAGCGUGAGCUCGGCCUCUUCAGCGCAGUGAGCAUUAUACUGGCUGUCAUGAUCGGUUCCGGAAUCUUCGUGUCCCCCACGAGCGCCCUGGAAAGAUCAGGUUCCGUAGGUUUCUGUCUACUGAUUUGGGCGAGCUGCGGCUUACUCUCUUUAUUGGGAGCUUUGGCCUUCGCCGAAUUGAGCACGGUGGUACCGCGAUCCGGGGCCGAGUACGCUUACUUCGUCGAGGCGUUUACACCCCUGCACCGAUACGCCGGUCAGUUACCAGCUUUCAUCUGCUCCUGGGUUUACGUGGUCCUGCUGAGACCGGCGGAAGUGGCGGUGGUCAUGCUGACGUUCGCUGAAUACAGCGUGCAACCGUUCUCUGGGUACCUGACCGAUCUCCCCGAUGCGUCUAUGCAACGGCUGAAGAAGAUCAUAGCCGUACUGGCGCUCGGAUUGAUCACGUACAUAAACCUGACCAGCGUGAAGCUGUACGUCAAGGUCCAAAACGUGUUCACGGUGUGCAAGGUGGUCGCCUGCAUAGUCGUGAUCGUUGGUGGGAUAUGGUGGCUGGGCACAGGUCACACCAAACUACUGGAUCAUCCGUUCCGCGGGAGCAGCACGUCCGCCGGCGACGUGGCGUUGGCCUUCUACAGUGGAUUGUGGGCGUACGACGGAUGGACGUCGGCGGCGAUCGUCACCGAAGAGAUACAAAAACCUGAAAUCAAUAUACUAAGGAGUAUUCUGAUAGCGGUGCCGUUGAUCACGGUACUUUACGUGUCGAUGAACUUGAUGUACAUGGCCGCGUUGACGAUGCCGGAAAUGGUUAGCGCGCCGGCUGUCGCGGUCCUCUGGGCGGACAGGGUCCUGCCAUCCUGGUUGGGUUUCGCGAUUCCUCUAGGCGUCGCGUUGUCCACCUUCGGGUGCAGCCUCAGCAUACAAUUUGGGGUGUCCAGGCUCUGCUACGUCGCCGGCGGUGAGGGCCACGUGCCCCGAGUGUUCAGUUUCGUCCACAUGGAAAGGAUGACGCCCGCCGCGGCCGUCGCGUUCCAAGGAUUGCUCUCCUUGGUUUGUUUGCUCCUCGGGAAUAUAAUCGCGCUCAUCGAGUUCGCGAGCUUCUUGACCUGGGUGUUUUACGGGCUCGCGAUGGUGUCGCUGUUGAUCAUGAGAAGGACCAAACCGGAAGCGCCCAGACCGUACAGAGUGCCGACCGUGAUACCAUGGCUGGUAUUGUGCGUCUCUAUCUUUCUGGCCGUGAUACCGAUCAUACACGAGCCGACGGCCAAAUAUCUAUUCGCGUUGCUCUUCAUUCUCUUUGGUCUCGUCAUCUAUCACGUAUACGUGUACAAGAAGAUCCAGAAUAGAUUGGCAGAGAAAAUCACGUACCUGAUCCAAGCAUUGUGCUUAGUCGUUGCUCCGGAUAAAAAAGACUGAUGAAAUAUAAUUUUACGCUUCGUGUUUAAAUGUACAUAACGGAAUACCGUCGAUUUACAUUAUAUGAGGAUGGUGCGUAUCGAUUCAAGUUAUAAUACGUGCAUGGAUUUGUGUAUGGAUACGUUUAAUAAUUGAAAAUUAUUAUUAAAACUGUAUCGGACUUUUCAGCCUUUUUACAUGAUAAAUAUAAUAGACGCGUUCUAUCAUAUAAUAUCGAAUAACAUUUUUAUUAAUUUUAUAUUUUUCAAUAAAAACAACAUCUGUAUUUUUAUAAAACGUAGUAAUUAAUUGAAA